AAAAGACGCCGAGGGAGUCGCGCGGUGCCAGUACGACCCCACCUGCCAUACGUGCGCAGGCGUCAGUUUUCCGUUCCGUGAAACUUGCGCGCGAUUCGCGCAUUCGAAGUACAGCGCCCCACCGUUUCCUCGGUAUCGGACAAUUGCUGUCCACUCUCGGUGUGUGUCUGUGCUCUAAACUGGACAACUGGAGAAUCACGACAUUCCGAAACGAUCUCUCUCAGAUACGUCUACUUUUCAUUCAACUGUGACGUAAAUAACGGCCUCAAAACGGAUUAAUAAGAGAAUAAAAUGGCACUAAUUCUCCAAUAUUUAAAUGAUAUGCACAUAUUUAUGGACAAAUAUGGAGAUCCACGGACAAAUCCAUGGCUCCUGAUGAGUUCACCUUUUCCUACAUUAAUAAUAUGUUUAAGUUAUAUUUGUCUAGUCAAGUUUUAUGGACCCCGAUUUAUGGAAUCAAGAAAACCCUAUGAAUUAAAGAAUUUAUUAGUAAUAUACAACUUUUUGCAAGUAGUGUUCAGUGCAUGGUUAUUUUAUGAGAUCGGGGCCGCUGGCUGGUUCACAGGCAGGUAUAGCUUUCAGUGUCAACCCGUCGACCACUCGAAAAGUCCACAAACAAUGAGGAUGGUAAACGCCUGUUGGUGGUACUACUUCUCAAAGUUUACAGAAUUCUUUGAUACGAUCUUCUUUGUGCUAAGAAAGAAAUUCGACCACGUAUCAACCCUGCACGUGAUCCACCACGGCGUGAUGCCCAUGUCGGUAUGGUUUGGGGUUAAGUUCACGCCGGGCGGUCACUCCACGUUCUUCGGCCUGCUCAACACGUUCGUGCACAUCAUCAUGUACACGUACUACAUGCUGGCGGCCAUGGGCCCGCACAUGCGGCCGUAUCUGUGGUGGAAGAGGUACCUCACCACAUUGCAAAUGGUGCAGUUCGUGGGCAUAAUGGUACACGCGUUCCAGCUGCUGUUCAUAGAUUGCGACUACCCGCGCGCCUUCGUGUGGUGGAUCGGCAUGCACGCUGUCAUGUUCUUCUUCCUCUUCAAGGACUUCUACAACCAGUCCUACUCCAAGCCUAAGGUCCGCGCGAAAUCGCCCCAACCCGUGACGACUGAGAUCGAAGAGUUGAAAAUGCCAUACAAGAACGGAUCGCUUAAGAACGGCUUCACCAACGGGCACGCGAACGGACUGGUGCGGGCGCGGACCGUGCUGCCCGCGGGGAACUGACCUCUGCACCACUCGCCUCUAGACCAUACGCCUCUAGACCAUGCGUCUCCAGACCAUGCGUCUCUAGACCAUGCACCUCUAGAACGUAAGCCUCUGAACCGUGCGCCUCUAAACCAUGCGCAUCUAGAUCAUCCGUCUCUAGACCGUGCGCCUCUAGAUCACGCGUCUCUAGGCCAUGCGCCUAUAGACCAUGAGUCUCUGGGCCACGCGUCUCUAGGCCACUCACUAGUAGACCGACAUCGCAGAACUUACGUAUUUUAUCAGUGAAUUCCAAAAACAUGUUUGAAAAGGAGAUGUCCAUUUCAGGCCAGGUCUAUUAAGUUUUCAAGUUCCUUGGCACUCGACAUUUAUAGUCUGUGCAAUGAAUAGAAAAAUAUGCUUUUGUCUAUAGCUAAAUAGAUGUUUAAACAAAACUCAACUCUAUUAUUACCAAUAUUCAGUAUCUAUUCAUUUAGCGGUCCACAGGUGGGAUUUCAACAGAACAUUUAUUAGAGACCUGCCCAAGCUCUCCCGACAUAUUAAAACCUAAAAAAUACGGGGAUUUGACUAAAAAAAAUAUAUCAAAUCAAACUAAAUAAUUAGUACAAAUCCCAAGUUUUCUAGUUUAUUACAAGAUGGCGCCCUUCAAGCCAUUACAUAACUGUCAUUUUUGACAUGUUACUAUUAACAGGAAAAGAAAAUCAACCCGCCAUUAUUAUCUGUAAUGAAUUUUAAUUUCCUUAAAUGAAAAGUGUAUUUGUAAAUAAUAAUCAAAAAUGGGAAUAUAUUAUGUCCUAUUUCAGUCUUUGCACUGACCAGGCCUGGGUUCAAACGAAUUUGGACCAUCUCCUUUAGUUAAUUGCAUAAAGAUAAGAUACUGUUUUAUAGUACAAGAGCCACCCAUCCAGAUAAUAUUACGUUUUAUCAAACUUUUAAAAUGAUUUAAUAAAUUUUGUACUACCUAAUAAAACGGACGUUAUCAUACCAAUGUUCAAUAUUAAUUUUUUAAACAUUUUUAAACAUUUUUUAAAAAAAACUAAUAAGUCAAACCAUUUUCGACAUCAAACGAAAUAAUGAAAAAGUAGGUAUUUAAAUGGCUCAAUAAAACAUUUUAAAUUGAUAACUAAAAAUUGUAUUAUUUUAUAAUUACGAUUGAUAAAACGUAAUUUUCAUCUGGUUUCAUCUGUAUGGAGGCAUCGGAAUUCGUAAAUUGUAUGAAGCUAUGAUACGACUUCAAAGACAUUAAAAACUAAACAUAAUUAGAUAGGUAGCUAUUAGUAUAAAAUUAAUAUCCAAAUCGGGAAAUAAUAUUGAAAGAAUCUAGAAACAAAUAUUUAGUAAAUAUGAAUCUUUUUGGGCUCUAAAAUUUGUUAUUUUCGUAAACCGCGUGCCAACUGCCAAUUAUUUAAAUUUUAUUCAUUCAAAAACCAGCUUACCUGUAAUGCUUGUUGCUUUUUUGUUGUUCAACUAGAACAAAUCUGCAUUUCUAUUUUCUUUCAAUAAAAAAAUUUCUUACGUCAGAUAUCUAUAAAACCGUGCAAUAACAACGAAAAUGUCUUUAUUUUCAACGUUUGAACAAUUUAAUGUGAUUUUAUAACUUUGAUUCAAUAAAAGACUGUCCCGUUUUGCAUCUCUGUAAAGUUUAUACAAAGGUAUAAUGUCAAUAACAGAUUAUAUCCAAAAGAUUCGUGUACACAUGUAAAUAUGUAGUACUAAAAAUGUGACUCGCCUGUUGAUUUUGGAAGAUCUUUACAAGAAAUAAUAGAUGUCUGCUAUUUUGGAAAUCACGCGCAUUUGCAAAAAUAUUGCAACUAGUUUAUUUCAUAAAAACUAAAAACUUUGGUCUUUCGUGUAAUUUCUAAUUAUAGAUAUAUAGCUUAAAUAAAUACGCGGCAUGCGUUGGAUUUUACGGUUUACCACAUUUUGUGGGAGAAAAACUCAGACCAAUUAUUGUAUAGUAGGUACCUGCCUCGCUAGACUUUACUUUUCUGUCAAAGUAGUCAACGAUCUAAUUCGAUUGUAAAAACAGUCUAUAGUAUCGAUGUUUCAUAGUUGUAAUCGUGCUCGUCGGUUAAAGAGCUCUGUAAAAAUACCUUUUUGUGUAAUUGAACGGGCAAAAACUUCUAGUUUAGUAUAAGAUAUAUACCAAAGCUCGUUUUCCUCAGAAAAUGACAGACAAUUUUGUUCGUGAAUUUGGGUGUGAUACUGAUCCUUCUAUAAUUGGUCUGAGGAGAAAAACGAAGGAUGAAAUUUUGUAUGGGUGUAUCCAUAUUUUUUUUACUCGACAUGUUGUGGUUCAUGGCUUGACGACCGCUAGUAUUAAAACAUACAUUGAAUACAAGGCAUUUUUCUAUAAAUUUUCAUCCUUGUAUGACUUUCUAUAUUAUAUUUGACAUAGUGGUUUUUGAUACAGUCUAUUUUUGAACAAAACGUUAAAUAUUAAAUGCGCAUCUCUUAUUAAGUUUUUACUCCAUUUUAUAACUUAAAUCAUAAAAGACAUUGAAUAUUUUAUUAGAACGACUAAUAUUUUUUAUGGACUUUUUAGUAUAAGAUUUGUUUCCGCGUUAUCCGUUAUAUUAAUGUGAUAUGUAAUAUAAAAACAUAUUUUUCAACCAAGCAAAAAAAUAAUACAGAAAUUUACUAUUUUUUUUUUAAGAAUAUUAGUCAUGUCUCAAAACAUAAUCUAUUUUAUAUAUUUCUGUUUACCUAAAAAGCAGUUUUUGGAAAAACUUUGACUUUUCAAAUUCGAGGGUUUGUUGCUUCAAUAUUUCUGUAACUUUAGCUUGGUGGACUUAUAAUGUAUGUCCCGGAUAGCGUGGAAACAUUGUACAUUGUACAUUGUACAUGCUACCAAUUAGUUAUUCCCGCCCGCUCUGAGACUAAGUCGGUCUACAAAUUUGUGGUCUAUAUCUUUGUGGCUUCAACAAUACGUUAAUUAUAUGGUGCAAGUAUAACUUGAUGCGGCUAUGCGCCAAAGCUUGUGUAUUCAUUAAUAAUAAUUGUUUCAUUCGUAAAAUUCAAUUCACUAAAUGAAAUGAAAAUUGCGAAUGUAACUUAUACUUUUAGCUAUGGCAAUCCCUAUUGAUUCGUUAAUAAUAGAUUUAGUUAUCUAAAAUGCUAGCGCCAAUUUAUACUUGCGCUACCUUUAUCCCUGCCGUGCAUACCUCAUGUUGAGAUCAUACCUUCUGUCCGUGUAGGGGUAAGAUAAUUCUCACUAAAGGACUGAUAAACCACAAACUUGUGACAUUCAAAUGUGACUGCAAUUGUGAUCAUGCUGUUACGUCAUACCUGACAGCUCUUACGAAGUGUCAACGUAUCUUAACCCGGCAAAUGAGUUGCUAGGAGUUUCAAUUUGAAUGUCACCAGGCCCCAUACAUGUGAAUUAUUUUUACCUGUCACCUGAACACAUUCAAACUAUCUUUUUUGUGUUGCGUCUGUGAAACGAAAUACGCGGCUCCGCACUAAACAUCUUGCAUUUUUUGACAAUACACAAGCGUAAUGUGUUAAGGUGACAUGUAAAAACUAUUUGCAUAUACUGCACAUAUAUGAGGGAUGAUAAAUAUUUUUAUUACUGUAACCUCAAAUGUGUAAGGGGUAUCAUGUAAUGUGGACCUUCCAGACUUAAUGUGUUGGAUAGAGAUGCGUUGAUCUGUGUCUCCGAUCCUUUCGAUGUGCUUUAUUUAGAUCUAUAAAUGUAGGUGAAUAUGGAAGUGAUCCGUUGUUAUAUGGAAUGGCUGCACUUAAGAUAUGCUAUAUGUACUAAAACUUAAUACUUUAUGUAAUGUAUAUGUAUACAUAUAUACACUAAAUGUUAUUGUCUUUAUUCUUAUGUCAAUGAAAUAUUGAUAAAAUAAACCAUAGGGAUUGGAGAUAUGCCAUGCCUUAAUUUGUAUCCACCGUGAAAUGGGCGAUUGUAUAGUAUAGUUAUUAUCUCUAUAGUUAUGUAUAAUAUGUUCACAUUUUGAGAUCUAAACAAAGAACAUCGUAUAAUUUAGUGUAAAAUGUGAUUUGUCUAGUGUAUAUACGUUAGGCGGUGUAUCAGUGGUGUACAUUUUAUUUUAUUGAUACAAAAAAAUUAUAGCUAGUUAUUGUGAUCGCAUAGCGUUUUGUACUGGUAUUAAAUAUAGAUCGCUUUUAGUUUAGUUACAAUUGGAAGGGCGAUUUGUUUUGAGUUUUAAGUUUGUAUAAAGGUGCUCUGUUGAACAAUAAUAUAAUAUGUUCAUUAUUUUUACCUGACAGCCUGACACUUUCACACACUUCUAAUGUUUGUAAUGUCUAUAGAAUAAAAGAGGUGACGUCACUCUGAAAAGAGACUGAAAUCUUACAUUCGUGGAUAUAAUACACAAACAAGCACAUUGUAUGAAUUUGUUUAGGUGACAGGUAAAAAUAAUUUAUAUAUAAUCUUUUGGCUGCAGCAACAAAUUAUAUGUAUAGACUGUCAAUUAAAUUAUGUUUAUAUGUGUGCAUGUAUUAUAUGUAUUGUUUUUAUUUUACAGUAAUAAAGGCUCUUUCAAUUAAAAAAGCAGAGCGAAGGUAUAAAUAGAAAAUAUAACACAAGAGAGCUGUGAUUUAGAUAAUCACGACAUUCAUCACUUGGGCCAUAAAAGUUACUUUUCGGAUAGUUAUAGUAUAAAUGUUUACACUAAAUACAAAAUUAAAGAAUUAUUAAUGAACUACAACAAAAAUACAUUUACUGAAUUCCAAAAUUACCCAUUUAAGAGCCGGGUAAAAUUUCGCUGUUUGAGAUAGCCUUUGUUUCGAUGAAAAAUAGUUGAUGAAAGAACUUUUUUCUUUUUUACCUAUUGUAAGAUUUUUACUAAAAUAUUGUUUUAUACUAUAAAAAAAAGACAAGCUUUCCGUUUUGGAAAAAAAGUUUGUUAACACAAAAUGCAGUGCAGUUAUGUUAUACUUCAUACCAAGUAACACUUAGACGGUUGUGUUGGCUAUUUAUUUUUGUUUAAUUUUAAUUUUAUUUAUUUACCAAAUAUGUAACAUGGUACUGUUUCGAGGUCGCGACGAAUUCAAUGUAUAUUAUGAAUGUAUAUCGUGAAAUUUACCAAGUUAGGUACAAAAUUGUUUAGAUAAUUAUAUUGUUACUUAGGAUUAUUUAAAAAUAAUGUUCGGAGCGACCUCGCCACAGCUAGGGGCUUUGUAUUAAAAUAUUUUAUUAUGUGUAGUGAGAAAUGUAACAUUAAUAUAUAAUUAUUAUAAUUAUGUGCAUCUCAAAACAGGCCUUUUAAAAAAGGAUAGGCCCUGGCCCACCUUACCACUAUAUUAUGUCCUAGCUUUAUAUGUGGACUUCGUAAUGGAAUUAUUUAUGUAAGUCGGUUUAACAGACAAUACAUCUUAUAAUUUAAUAUUUUAUAUUUUUAAUUUUAUUUUAAUUGUGAUUUUAAUAUGUAUAAUUUUAUAUUUUAUUGUAUAUUCAUGUUUUAUAUGAAUCGUUUUGACCGCAAAAACUAUUAUGAAACUAUAGAUACAUAUUUGAGAUAUUAGAUUUGUAUUUCUCGCUACAUUUAAUAAAACUAUAACGUUUAAAAUAACAACGGGUUGUAACAAUAUCGGUUUUUGACUGAAGCUGUGAAUACUGGAAUACACCUAACAGAAUAAUGGUCAUUAAAAUUGUACCUUUAUGACCUUCUGGCGUAUUCGCUAACUCGAUUGCUUUCAGAAAAUGAAAAGCACUGAAGAGAAAAGAUAUGCUAGAAAAUAUUAUUGUAGUAUUACUCAAUAUAUUACAAAUGGUCUCAGUUGGUUUGACAUCAAGUUAGCGAAUAAGGGUUCAUUUACACGAGCAUCACGUUGCUAACGGCAGUCGUCGGCAGUCUGCUGCCGUUGUGCCGUCGACUGCCGUUGAGUGCAGUCGGCGACUGCUGUCGACUGUCACUGACUGCAGUCGUUGGUAGCUGUUGCUGCUCGAGUAAAUAAACCCUACCCAACUUAUUAUUCUAGAGGUCGAUACCUAGGCAUCUCCUCUUCAGGGAAAAUGCACUACUAACCCAUGGACGUUCAUAAUAAUUAGUCUUCCGUUUUGUUUUGUACUUACCAGAGAUGGUGCUUCGCAUUACUACGUAUAGUUCAGCUGUUAUCAGUUACAAGCUAAAGCUCGCCAUUUUUUGUAAAUAAAUAUUGUUUCAUUAGUGAUAUUUGAAAUCAGGUUAUGUAAUAUUGCAAUUUUUAUACAAAAAUGCAAAUAAAUUAUAAGAAUUAAAGUGUUA